CUCGUCCCUCCUCUUCCGGUCGGCUCCGCCCAAGCUCCUUCGGCCCCACGUGUGUUUGGGCAGGAGUCCCACGGUGAGCUGCUGGUUCUGCUGGUGGUGAGGUUGCCCGGCUCUGGAGUGCAGAAGCUCCCCCCGGGGCUGCGGGGACGUCACCAUGCCUAAAGCACCAAAGGGAAAAAAUGCAGGACGGGAAAAAAAAGUCAUCCAUCCGUAUAGUAGAAAAGCAGCUCAAAUUACAAGAGAGACCCACAAACAAGAAAAAAAGGAAAAGUUGAAGAAUGAAAAGGCUUUGCGUCUCAACUUUAUUGGUGAAAAACUGCAGUGGUUUCGAAAUCACCUUGAUCCCCAGAAAGCAGGAUAUUCAAAGAAGGAUGCUUGUGAAUUAAUUGAAAGGUAUUUAAAUCGAUUCAGCAGUGAGCUGGAGCAGAUUGAGUUACAUAACAGCAUCAAAGCCAGGCAGGGAAGGCGGCACUGUGCCCGGGAGACAGUCAUCAAACAGACAUUGGAGCGUGAGCGACAGCAGUAUGAAGGAUAUGGCCUUGAGAUUCCAGAUAUUGUAAAUGCUGGUAAUCUGAAAACUUUUAGGGAAUGGGAUUUUGAUCUGAAGAAGUUGCCAAACAUUAAAAUGAGAAAAAUAUGUGCUAAUGAUGCAGUUCCCAAGAAGUGCAAGAAGAAAACUGUUACAGCUGUAGACAAAGAGUUAGGGGAAUUGGAACUAAAUGAUGAAUCAAGUGACUCAGAUGAGGAAAUGACUGCAGUGGCCUAAUUGUCCUUGAGUUGAAAAUAAAUAGAGAGCUAUUUAUUCGAAGUUGCACUCGAAUCGAUUAUGAUAAAUGUCUAGAUACAAGAAUUUGCUAUUUAGCUUAUUCUCUUACAUGAUGAGAAUUCCAUUUGCAGUUUCAAAAACAGUGUUAUGAUUUUUAUUUAAAAAUGAAUGUUGCUUUUUAUUUACAUUAAAUUGCUAAAAAAGAUAUAGUCAUUUAAAAGAAUGAUCUUUAAGAUUGAUUUAAUCUGAAUUUCCAGAACAGGAGGUAGCGAUAUGAAUAAAGAGAGAGAAUGUUUUCAUUUUUUUCUUCAUGUUUCCUUGGGAUCAUGUAAUCUCACAUUUUGUGGUUUGGAAAGCAACCUGUUUUCUAAAAGGGUCCUAUGGGUACUUCUUGAGCACUGAUGAUAGCAAAAUUGUCUUUCAGUAAUAAUAUUUUAGUAAUCCCCUCUUAAACAUUAAACUUGUCUUUCCUCAUAAAAUAGGGAGAAUGUGAUAUGGAAUUCAUAUAACUGAUGGCUUUUGCAUUAUUUUUAUUUAUUAUCUUUGAGCCACAGUUAAAUGGUAAAAGAAGAAAUGAAGUGACUAUUCUUGCUAUGUUGAUCUGUUAUCUUUGACAGAAGGGGACACAUGAUUUCAGGUUAGCUCUGUUUGUAUUUUAUUUUCUGCUUUCUCAUUGUGAAAAGUGAUAUAGAUUUUAUCUGUGGGAACAGACCUAAUGAUUAGAGAACCAAUUUUUUUUAAUUGUGUUAUUUUUUUCUUCUAAGAGAUAAGUUAAAUGACAUAUGACAUAAUUAUUAGUAUAAGUGUCAUGAAAAACAUGGAUGUAGUAGAAUGUUCUUCAAAGAACUUGUUAAGUGCAAGUAUCUUUUAGUCUUUCUAAAAGAUGCAAUGCAAAUGUAUCUGAAUAUUUAUAAGAAAAAAAUGUUAAUGCCAUAUGAGGUUACCUAGCUAUCAAUUAAAUUUUGUUAACAAUUUAAA